UUCGCGACACUGGCUUGCCGUCCACCACGCCAGUCACAUAUCACGUGUUGAAGAUUCAAACUUUUUGUCCUUUCCCAACAGCCGAAAGUGAUUGAUAAAUACGUCAGUAUUUUGGGAUAUAUUUUACAUCAGUGAGUUAAUUCGGCCCUUAGGCGAUACACAACGAGACUCCCACAAUGGAUUCCGAAAGCUUCAAGGAUUUCGCUAAAGAAAUGGCUGAUUUUAUCGCCAAUUACCUGGAAAACAUCCGAGACAGGCGCGUUUUGCCGACUGUUGAGCCCGGAUAUAUCAAGCCACUGUUGCCAUCGGAGGCACCACAGGCACCGGAACGGUGGGAGGAUAUCAUGGGAGAUAUCGAGAGAGUUAUCAUGCCAGGAGUAACACACUGGCACAGCCCCAGAUUUCACGCAUAUUUCCCAACCGCCCAGUCCUACCCGGCAAUCGUCGCCGAUAUGCUCAGCGGUGCUAUCGCCUGUAUAGGUUUCACAUGGAUUGCGAGUCCCGCAUGUACAGAAUUGGAAGUAGUGAUGCUGGACUGGCUAGGAAAAAUGCUGGACCUCCCCAAAGAGUUCCUCGCUUGCAGCGGCGGAAAAGGCGGAGGUGUCAUUCAGGGAACAGCGAGUGAAGCCACCCUGGUCGCUCUGCUGGGCGCCAAGGCCAAGAAAAUUCGCCAAGUGAAGGAUGAGCAUCCGGACUGGACCGACACACAGAUCACUGGGAAACUAGUGGCUUACGCCUCCUAUCAGGCUCACAGUUCUGUCGAACGUGCCGGACUUCUUGGUGGCGUUCAAUUCAAACUCGUUGAUGUGGACGCCAAGUAUAAAAUGAGGGGGGAUACUCUCGCUGAAGUAAUUCGACAGGAUAAAGAGAAGGGGCUCAUUCCGUUCUACGCUGUUGCCACUUUAGGAACUACUUGCUCCUGUGCUUUUGAUAGAUUGGAUGAAAUUGGUCCUGUCUGCAAUGAGGAGGGAAUCUGGCUGCAUGUUGAUGCUGCUUAUGCUGGAUCUGCAUUCAUCUGCCCGGAAUUUCGUUACUUGAUGAAGGGAAUUGAAAGGGCUGAUUCCUUCAAUUUCAACCCACACAAAUGGAUGCUAGUGAAUUUUGAUUGUUCAACCAUGUGGCUGAAGGAUCCAACUUAUGUGAUAAACGCGUUCAAUGUAGAUCCGUUGUACUUGAAACAUGAUAUGCAGGGUUCAGCACCAGAUUAUAGGCACUGGCAAAUCCCCCUGGGACGACGUUUCCGCGCCCUAAAACUCUGGUUCGUCCUCCGCAUCUACGGAGUAGAAAAUCUCCAAAAGUUCAUACGCAAGCACGUCUCCCUAGCGAAGGAAUUUGAACAACUAGUCCUCAGUGAUUCACGAUUUGAAAUUGUAGCUGAAGUCGUUCUCGGGCUUGUUUGCUUCAGGCUCAAGGCUUCAAAUGACGUCAACGAAACCCUCUUGAAAAGGAUCAACGGCGCUGGUCUCAUCCACUUAGUCCCCUCAAAGAUAAACGACACGUACUUCCUCCGUGUGGCCAUAUGCUCACGAUUCAGCGAGAGCAAAGACAUCGAGAAUUCCUGGAAGGAGAUAAAACUUCGCGCUGACGAGGUCCUCGAGGAGCAAUCAGUCUCCAAGUGAUGGCGGGCGCACAUAACACGUGGCUGUCGUGCACUAGCCCCAGCCACUUGCAAUCAGUCCUAAUCAAUGUCGAAGAAACACAUCACCAAGUUUGAACCUUUGCCAUGCACCCGCUGACACCGACCUUGUGCAACUUUCACUGAUCGAGUCUGCGGGUCUCUAGAUAUUAUGACAGUUGCUUUGAUGUUACAAGUGUCUCGAUGUUAUCCCCCACCGUCGAUCACCCACUCGUUCCGCAAUAGUUUUUAAUCACCUGUACGUGGGAUUUAUUCCGCAAUCAAAUUUACCUUGGGCGCAGACUUUUUUCCUCUGAUAUUUUGCGACUGGAACGAAUUGACUCGACGUUUUCUUUCGUUUUGUAAAUACAUUACUAGAGAUUGAGUUUUUUAUGUAUAUAUCGGUAGGUGAAUAGUUGGUAUUUAUUUUUAUUAUGACAGAUUGUAGAGAAACCGGUAGUGAAGCGGUGAAAACGAGAUGUCUCAACUCGAUUUCUUUGCAAAUGUUCCGAAUUUAGGCCGAAUUACGAAAUUUUCAUGGAGAUUUUUUUUGUAGAACUGAAAAAGAGUCCUCAUUUGAUUUCGCUAUCUGAUUUGAAUAUCUCGAAUAAUUGUAAAAUAAUUAUUGCAGAUCGAUGCAAAAUUCAUGAAAACUCAUUUUCAUCGAUAUAUUUCUUGGAAUGUAAUAGACAAAUUUUAAAAAUCUUUUAAAAAAGAUUUCCAUGGAAUUUCGAUUUCUUAUUUUUCUCCAGAGAUAUUGACGAAAAAAUCAGCGGGUUAUUUCCAGGCGAAAUCUAAUUGUCAGUUUUCGAUAGAUAUUUUUGAAUCUAAUACAACUAGUUGAAUUUCCACGAAGACAUUUUUGCGGUGAAAAUUCAAUCAAAAAAAUUAAGUUGAUGAUUUGGUUAUUUGCGAAAAAGAUACAAUACCCUUAUUGCAAAGGGGGGAAAGACAAUAAGCUGUAUAAUAGCUUAGUAUUAAAAAGUCAGAAGUGCAAGUUAACAAUAACAAAGACAGAAAUAAUAAAAAUCAAAAAGCAAAUCCGCCAAAAAAAUUAAGUUGGAGAUCAUCAAAUUAUUAACGACGCGACGUUUCGCCAAUUAUUUUAGCUUUCCUCUUUCCUAUGAUCUACAGCUAAAUUUAUUAUUAUGAAGAUGACCAUAACCAUCAAAUAAGGAAAAACGAAAAAAAUAUUCUUCAUAUAUCUCGGCUGCAAAAACAUUCAGAGAAAGUUCGUUUUAUCGCUUCACUACUAAAAUAAAAAAAAUUAUAAAAUAAAUAUUUGUGCCGUUACAUGCAUUUGAUAAAUACCGCUGCAGUUAGGACAAUAAAUAAAUUUAGCUGGCGUCCAACAGCUCAGGAUAAGCAACCGAGCUAUAGCAUAUUAGCAAUAAAACUGAAACAAUGAUUUAUUCAAUGGGACCAACGGGAAAGUAUUCAAGAAUGUUGGAGAUGGAGAGUGUACCUGUUGUACUUAUGUACACUGAGAGAAAAAAUGCUUUUUGCGAAGGAAUUCCUUUUUGGGAGAAGAAUUUUUUGUGGUCAUUCCGGCCGUACGGCAGUCUUUCACGGACGCUAUCCGUCCGUGUAUCACUGCUUACAGCCGUUAUGACAAAAAAUAUUUUUCAUCACGCUGUGCGAAAAAGUAACUUU